GCCGGCGAGGGGCCGGGACGGCGGGGAGCGUGCGGCGCUGUCGUUGCCGACCCGGCGGCCGCUCAGGGGGGACCCGCCGCGAUCCCGCUCCUUCGCCCACACCGAAGGGCGCAGCCGCGCUUCCCCGCAGCGGCUCCCGGCGCCCCGGGAACUACUAUCAUGGACAGGACCGCCGUGGCCAAGAUGGGAGCGGUGGCGAGCGCCAGCGUGUGCGCGCUGGUGGGCGGGGUGGUGCUGGCGCAGUACAUCUUCACCAUGAAGAAGAAGACGGGUAAGAAGACCAAGAUCAUCGAGAUGAUGCCAGAAUUUCAGAAGAAGACUGUCCAUAUUAAGGACCCAGCAAGAGUAGAGGAGAUUAUUUGUGGCCUCAUCAAAGGUGGAGCUGCCAAACUUCAGAUUAUUACAGAUUUUGAUAUGACAUUAAGUAGAUUUUCCUACAAUGGAAAAAGAUGUCCAACUUGUCAUAACAUCAUUGAUAACUCUAAGAUCAUCACAGAUGAAUGUCGGAAAAAGUUAUUGCAGCUGAAAGAAACUUACUAUGCCAUUGAAAUUGAUCCAGCUCUCACCAUUGAAGAGAAAUACCCAUAUAUGGUAGAAUGGUACCAUAAAUCUCAUGCACUGCUCAUUGAACAAGGCUUACAGAAGGACAAGUUUGCAGAAAUUGUAAGGGAAUCUGAUGUUAUGCUGAAGGAAGGGUAUGAGAACUUCUUUGAUAAGCUCAGUGAACAUAAUAUUCCUGUGUUCAUAUUUUCUGCUGGGAUUGGUGACAUUCUUGAGGAAGUAAUCCACCAGGCUGGGGUCUACCAUUCUAACGUCAAAGUGGUUUCCAACUUCAUGGAUUUUGAUGAAAAUGGAAUAUUAAAAGGAUUUAAAGGAGAAUUGAUUCAUGUUUACAACAAACAUGAUGGUGCCUUGAAGAACACAGAGUACUUCAAACAGCUAAAAGACAACAGCAAUAUCAUACUGCUGGGUGAUUCUCAAGGAGACUUGAGUAUGGCAGAUGGAGUAGCAAAUGUUGAGCACAUUCUUAAGAUUGGCUAUCUCAAUGAUAAAGUAGAUGAGCUUUUGGAAAAAUACAUGGACUCUUAUGAUAUUGUCUUGGUGAAAGAUGAAUCCCUGGAAGUUGCCAACUCCAUUCUACAGAAAAUCCUGUAAAUUGCAGUCUCAAGUCACUCCAUUCCUUCCAGGAGGCAACUGGACAGAAGAGCACACAUGUGCUAUCUUAGAUGUGUUUAUUAUUAAUUUACAGAACUGUUUGAUUUAAUUUAAAACUUUUAUCUUCAUUUUGGUAUUAUGGAAUAUAUAUUGUAUCAAUUACCAACUACAAGCUCCUUUUAUUGCAAUUACACUGUUCUUUAUUGUCUCACACUCCUGUUAUAACGAGAUCUAAAUUGGAUUUAUAGAUGUGAUAAACUGCUGCUGAUGGGAUACUGUGGUUCACUGUCCUUUUUAAUCAGGCCUUUCGGAGCAGCAUUUUAGAAAACGUGGCUAUUUUGUACAAUUGAAGGUGUAAAUACUCUGUAAAGAGAGUGUGCAUUUGUUGCCUUUUCAAAGACAUUUCAGUCUCAGCUGUACUUUGAAGGAUCUUACUCAUAUGCUACAUAAUUUCACACUAGUUUUUCAUACAUAUAUUUUUCAUCAGUAAAAAUGCUUUUAUUCACCCAA